AUGCCUCGCCAGCCGACUAAGAACCGAAUCGCCAUGCAUGAUGUAAUUGGGCAACCCCUUACUGCCUUACCCGAUACCGUCGACGCGAUUCUUCGCCGUCCCGAGCCAUUGGAUGAGGUAGAAGUACAAGGUAUUUUUCACGAAAGCUCCUACAUCCUACUUCGUGCAGAGGAAGCUCUUUCAGUAAAAGAUGGUCAGGCUUUUUGCGCAUUGUUUAAGCUCUUCUCCGAGGGGUUCGCUCAUAGCGAUGCCCUGUUUGAGGAAGGUAUCAAAACUUUUGUUCUGCAUGGAGCGUUGCUGGAGACUGUGCAUUCCAUUUUUCGUGUGGUAGUGGAGCAGAGACGCCUUCCCCUUCAUAGCUCUGGGACAACCGAGCUUAUACAGGUCGUUAGCAGCUUAUGUGAUAGUGAGGCACUAAAAGAUAAAUGCGGAGAUCUUUUCAUGUCUGAUUUGGCCCAUUUGCUUGCGCGUGUUUAUGAGGAUAAAGAUGAAGCCAAAAGACAUUUUCAUGUCCAAAGAGCAGUUACCACAGCACUCAUUAACUUAGUCAAGGGUUCUAAGCAGAACAAAUUGCGUUUGGGUUCCUGGAAGUUCGUGGCCAACUGUUGUAUGGCUAGCGUGGAUGUUUUUUUUCAACUACAAUGUGCUGAGCUGUUGUUUCGCGUGUCAAGACAAAGAAGAAGUGUACUGAUGGAGCUAGAGGACUCACUUCCACAGGAUAUCCUUAAGAAAUUGAGUGCCCUACCGAAUGACAGUACACUAUUGAGAAGGAUGAUCGACUUGAUUCAGGACUUGAAUUCCGGUAACCCUGAGGUGUUGCAGUUUUUUCUGAAACAGGUAGAUGCAGCUGAUUCAAUGUUGACAGAAAGCACAGAAGCGUACUUCACACCUCACUAUUUUACUGUUAUGGUCACCUCAUCUAACGCAGACAACAUCACUAUUCCGUACAAAUUCAUUCGCUCCGUAACGCUUGGCAAGGAUGGCCGCAUCAUCAUCAAAUUGGAGGAUUUUCCUGUCAAACUUGAGGCGCUUCUAAGCCAUACUCCUGGCAUGGAUACUGUAACUCUACAUUUAACGGUAGACCGUCUGCGUGCAUUCAAACAAUCAGCUAUUCGUGGGUGGAUCGUCUCUGAGCUGACUGUCAAGAAGUCAAAUACAUCUCAACAAUCGGAACAACCACCAGCACAAACUAUUCCGCUCACUUCUGUUAAUCACCACAGCUGCCACAGUAUCAGUGGUUCGAAGCGUCAAACACUUGAUAUUUCACGUGAGAGGGCUGACGACAGACAGCCAGAUUUGCUCACUGAUGUGGCUAUCUUAGAGCUGCCUUCGGUAUCCCAUGGGGACACACUACAUAAAAAAGCGCGGUUUGAACCGUUGGCAAACUUGAAGACGCCGGGUUCGUUCGAUCUGGAGAAGCCCAUACUUGAUAUGAUCGAUAACAUAUCAGAAAGUGCAUCCUCGGAGGAGGCACGCGCGAUUUUUGCUCAGCUUAAUCGGCUGAUUGAGGCCAAGAUGGAAGUGAGUCAUGGUGAGGCUUUGUCUUUGCUGAACAAGCAGAUGUCGUUUAUUCAAACAAAGGUGGAUAUAGCGCGUCGCCGGGCAUCUGAAAGCCGUAAUACUUGGCAGCAGAAUAUGGCGGCAGGGGUAGAGAAGCUUGAGCAGUUCAUCAAUGAUACACAAAACAUGGCAGUUGAUGGCGUUUUCAAACUAAACGAGGACCUCCGCCAGGUGAAGCAAAGCAACCAGGCCCUUAACGAGAGGAUCGUAUUUAUCGAGUUUGAGCUGCAGCGUACCUUAGAAGAAAGCCGGGCAGUGGAAUUAACAGAGGUGCAUGAGUUACAGGAUAUGUGCAAGAGAGAUAUUGAACAUCAGGAAUUUGAGUUGGACCAACAAAUGAUAAACAAACAAAGUUCAGCAAUAUCCCUCAUGAGCUAUUUCCACGAACCCCCACUCUGUGAUAGUGCUUAG